AUCCAUCUCGUUACAGCUCCAAAGUUGUGAGGUGCCACAUUCUCUUGGUCUAGUUCAAUUGUCUCCACCGUCGCCCCAACCACUCCUCCGAUGAACAAAACUACCAGAAGAAAGGGAGUCAUAAAUACGACACGCUAAAACUACUUUUGCCGUUCUCUAGGUCAAUCCAACUACUUUCAGCCUCACUAGCAGCGGCAUAGAGAGCGUUCAUGUUUCCCCACAUCGCCCACUCCACUCUACAGCAGCAGCAUCCGGGCGCACCGUCUUGGCGAAUACAACAACCCCGCGCCAUCUUCCACCUUCCUCUUGUUUAGUAUCUCUUUCCACAAGUGAGCCCUUGUUGCUUUUAUACGGAGGAUGCGCGAAAUUGACCCGGAAAGCACUGCGCAUAUUUCAAAUUCAAAUGUUUUCAGUCGUCCUGUCGUGCUUUCUUUCGAAGUUGUGUUGUCGCGCACGAAAGGUGCGUGUUCUCCUGGUAGCUGUCACUGCCGUCGUCUUGCUGGGUCUGGUGUGGCAUAUCCUCCUAUGGAAGACCCUGCUUAAGUCGUCAAUCAAAGUGCUGCAGUCACCAUGCAGUGAUGAAAACAGCUCCGCCUACUUAGAGGACCUAUGUAGGGACUACCUGAACGGAGUUGUGGGAGGUAGUCUGUGUGAACCUCUGUGUGUCAGGAAGGAGGUGGAGUUUGUGAAAUGUCUGGGUCAUGGGGUCAAGAUGCACGUCCUGAAGGCCCAGUGGGCUGCCAACACUAUCGUCUUGAAGACUGCCAAACCACCUGGAAAUGAGCGUGCCACCUCACAUCUCGAGCGGCCGAACAAAUUCUCCCGGAUAACCACCAAACAAGAAUUUCUGAAUGAAGCGAAUCUGACACUGUUUAUGAACUUGGCAGGAGGGAGGGUGGUGGGUAGGACGGAGGAGACAGUAGAGAGAGUGUUCUCAGAGUGUGAUGUGUUGGGAGAUGGCCAGCUGAGCUACUCUGAGGCAGUGGUCUGCUGGAGUCUGCUGGAGACUGAUGAGUUUGUCUUCCUCUCUCUACUGAGAGGGCUCUCCGCCGUCCCUGACCUCUACGGAGCAUGUGGGAACAUGUAUGCCUCUCAGUUUGCCACCUCUAAACCUCUCCUGGCCUACACCCUAACUGUAGCUGACAACAGGACCUGGGCACUCAGAGCUCAACUGGCAAUGGCUCUCAUUGACAUGGUAGCUAGUCUUGAAAACACGCUAUAUGGAACUCUGUACUUGUGCGAUGUUCAGGAGUCUAACUUUGGAUUUGUUCGAAGUGGUAACUCGCAGGAUCUGGUGGCUAAGACCAUAGAUCUGGACAUAUCUUGGUUUGAGAGUGGGCUGAAAUCCUCCGUCGAGUUUGAGAGAAACAAGAGUUGCCAGUCGGAUACUGACUGUGACUUUAUCUCUUGCCACGUUCCCUGUAACACCACCACUCACACUUGUGCUGGGAGACUGUGGUCAAACAACCUACAGGUGAUCUGUAGAAGACUGUUGGACCAGAGGAUACCAGGAAUAUCCAGUCUCCUCCACAGUCCUCCAGCCAGCAUAGAGACAGAACUGGGAGCUGUACUGGACCAGUGCAGUAACUACUCCUCCAUUCCCCAGCCACACAUCAAUACCACUAUCAUGAACAGACUCCUCUCUCUGUUACGUGGGUCAUUACCCUACAGCUAUCACCAUAAUGUCAGCAGCUGGCUUAGUCGUCACGACUUGCCUAACAUCGUCAUCCAUUCUUGGCAUACCGCUCCCAACUGCAGCAAUGACGCCAGUGCGGCGUACUUGAAACGUCUGUGUAGGGACUACCUGAACGGAGUUGUGGGAGGUAGUCUGUGUGAACCUCUGUGUGUCAGGAAGGAGGUGGAGUUUGUGAAAUGUCUGGGUCACGGGAUCAAGAUGCACGUCCUGAAGGCCCAGUGGGCUGGCAACUCCAUCGCCUUGAAGACAACUGAACCAGCCAGGAAUUACAGUGUGGUCGCUGAACACAUUGUCUGGCUUACAGACCACAAUAGACUCAUUUCAAAAGAGGAGUUUGUGCUGAAAGCAAAUCUGACACUGUUUAUGAACUUGGCAGGAGGGAGGGUGGUGGGUAGGACGGAGGAGACAGUAGAGAGAGUGUUCUCAGAGUGUGAUGUGUUGGGAGAUGGCCAGCUGAGCUACUCUGAGGCAGUAGUCUGCUGGAGUCUGCUGGAGACUGAUGAGUUUGUCCUCCUCUCUCUACUGAGAGGGCUCUCCGCCGUCCCUGACCUCUACGGAGCAUGUGGGAACAUGUAUGCCUCUCAGUUUGCCACCUCUAAACCUCUGGACAGCCAGCUCUCUCUGAUAGACAGUCGCUCCUGGUCACUCAGAGCUAGACUUGCAAUGGCCCUCAUACACAUGGUAGCCAGUCUGGAGAACACACCAUAUGGGACUCUAUACUUGUGUGACGUGAAGGGACCCAAUUUCGGAGUGGUGAGGGAGCCUGGCUCUGACAGACUCACAGCAAAGACCAUUGAUCUGGACCUGAGUUCGUUCGACACGUCCUCCGAUCUGUUUUGUGUCCACAGAGAGAGGCAGUGUCAUCGCGACUCUGACUGUACGUAUGUUGACUGCCGCAUCUCCUGUGACAGAGGCACCUGCUCUGGACCUAUCAUCUCCAACAAUCUUCAGGUGUUGUGUGCCAACCUACUAGCACCUGGCUGGCUGCAGCUCUCCCUCCUCCACAGUCCUCCAGCCAGCAUAGAGACAGAGCUGGGAGCUGUACUGGACCAGUGCAGUCACUACUCCUCCAUUCCCCAGCCACACAUCAAUACCACUAUCAUGAACAGACUCCUCUCUCUGUUACAAUCAUCACUUCUCUCACCAUCAUAA